GGCUCGUGAAUCUGGAGCAUCCACAUCACCUCCCUCCGCCUUCCUUUUUCAUGCCUACCUGAUAUGCUUCCGGAUGCUGCUCGCUGGCGUUCGGAGCUUCAGAAUCCCGUUCUAGAUUUGUGGGUCUUGGUACUGAUGUGCUCAUUCGCUUCAAUUUCAACUGGUUUUUGGUCUGUGGUAAUUGUUUGUGUCCAGUUUUGUUGCAAGUUUUGAGUUGGAGUUUGUGCGUGGGAACUGACCAACAGACACUCAGCACCCGAGACUUGGCCCCCGCCAGUAAAUUCCCCGGAGGAGAGUUCGCCUCCACGAGCUUUAGGGUCGUAAUUGCUAUCGAAUUCCAGCGUGUAACUGUUCGGCUCUUUUUAUUAUUAUUAUUAUUAUUAUUUUCGAGUAUCCUCGGCAUCCUCGGUUUUGAUACCGAGGGGCUGCUUCGGAGUGUCUGUGGCAAGGCCUGUUGUCGAGGUUGCCGGUCGUCAUGGCGGCAGCUCUAGUGAAGCAGCCUCAUGCGUGGUGUCUAUCUGCCCGGCCGGAACUCCCCGUCAGCUUCCGCCCUAAACCCUUGCAAAAUGGCUCCCAGAAGAGAGUUCCAUCGUCACCUGUGUGCAUAUCAGAGGAUUUCGAUUUCAGAGCCGGACCUCUGGAGGACAUCAAGCCCAAGUUCAUCCGGUCGGGGUAUCCUAGUCUCCUGGAAACAGUGCAGACGGAAGCCUCACCCGAAACUGGGAAGCGUAGAGGACGUCGGCGAUUUCGAAAAGCCAAGCCAGUGCAGGCCAUUUCAGGGGCGCUGAUCGGAGGAGGGUGCACGCUGCUGGCUUUCAAGUUCGCGCGACAAGCGUAUGAGCAUCUGGAAUCCCAUCCUCCUGCUCACGACCUGCCUUUACACUUGGACAGCGAAGUCAACCAGCUUAUGCUCACCAUGGUGGCGGGGUUUGGUGGAUUGGUUGUGUGCAUGUUCGGCGUGAGCUGUGUGGGCUUGGGGCUGCUCUCUGUGAAGCUGCUGAAAGCUCCCAAAACACCCCCGAAUGCACCAUAAGGUAGCUGUAAUAUCCAAUUAUCUAUCUAAUUAUCAGAAUCAUUCUUGCAGUUUCAGGUUGGGUUGCAGCUUAGCCUGCGCAGAAAAAACAGAAAACUAAAAAAACUAGCACCUACAUUGCGAGAUUAUAGCAAUUCAUGUACAGCCCACUUGCGAACUUUCUCUCUAUCGAUUGGCAAUCUGCAUAAACUUUUAAGCUGAUAUAACCGCAA